AUGAGCUUUGAAAAAAUGCAGUUCAAACAGGCCUCAACCAUGGCAUCUCCUCUGGUAUCGAUCAAAUCCCAAGCCAUUGAAAUGUCGGAGCCUAAUGAAGAGAUUACUGUCAGAAGAUCGACGGUGAUACCACCAGUUCCGGAAGGCAUGUCCAAGAGACAGUGGAAGAAAGUAUGGAAGAAGCAACACUACAAAGACCAUCAGGAAGAGUACGCCAAAGUCCGCAAGCAGAAACGUCAGAGAGCCAAGGAGAACAGAAGAGCCAAGCUGCAAGCUUUUCUAGAGCGUGGCGAAGCAAUCCCGGAAGAGCUGAAACGUCCACCCAAGGUGAACGCAAACCAGAAACCAUCCGGAAUAAAGAUAAUCAUCGAUUGCGCUUUCGGCGAUCUGAUGAACGACAAGGAAAUCGUCAGCAUGUCCAACCAGAUCACCAGGACAUACUCCAGUAACAGACGCGAAAAUCACUGCGCCGACGUAGUUGUCACAUCUUUCAACAAGAGGUUAAAGCAGAGAUUCGACGAAGGUCUCAAAGGCUGCAAAUACGAGGAAUGGCAAAAUUUCAAGUUUGUACCAGACGAGCAGCCCAUCGUGGAAGCCGACAAAUCUAGACUUGUGUAUCUGACCGCCGAUACCGACGAGAAGCUCGAGUGUUUAGAGCCCGGCAUGACCUACAUCGUUGGAGGCAUCGUCGACAAGAACAGACACAAGUUACUGUGCUACAACAAGGCCAAAGAGCUUGGAAUUCCUACCAGGAGACUGCCAAUUGGCGAGUACAUCAACUUGGCCGGGAGGAAAGUUCUUACCACAACCCAUGUCAUACAACUGAUGUUGAAAUAUUUCGACAAUCGCGACUGGAAAGAAGCAUUGGAGUACGUCCUCCCACCAAGAAAGCUCGAGCGCUCAGACAAUGACCAAAAAGACGACAGCGAAAGUAAUGGCACUGUCGAGGAAACAAGUGUGGAACCGGCCAAUUCUGAGUUAUAG